AUGGGGGCUUACACUAGUGGAAAUGGGUUGUACGAACAUACGCUGCAGGAGAACGAACGGGAGGCGGUUGCUGAUUUAUUGACAUAUCUUGAAAAUCGUGCUGAGACCAAUUUCUUUGAAGGAGAUCCGUUGCGAGCGCUUUCGACACUAGCCUUCUCGGAUAACGUCGAUUUACAACGGUCAGCGGCAUUGGCUUUUGCAGAGAUUACCGAAAAAGCCGAGAAUAAACUUCUUAUCGUCCAAAUGGGAGGUCUCGAACCAUUGAUUCGUCAAAUGUUAUCACCAAAUGUUGAAGUCCAGUGCAACGCCGUAGGAUGCAUCACCAAUUUAGCAACGCAUGACGAAAAUAAAUCGAGGAUUGCAAAGUCUGGUGCGUUGGUUCCAUUGACUCGAUUGGCCCGUUCAAAAGACAUGCGCGUUCAGAGGAAUGCAACCGGGGCUUUGUUGAACAUGACACAUUCGGAUGAAAAUAGGCAACAACUUGUUAAUGCCGGUGCUAUACCGGUAUUGGUUAGUCUUCUGAAUUCCUCGGACACGGAUGUUCAGUAUUACUGUACCACGGCCCUUAGUAAUAUCGCCGUUGAUGGUAAGACAAAGCCAAUUUCACAACUCUCCUUAAAUCGAAAAAAACUUGCAGCGUCCGAAACAAGAUUGGUACAAUCGCUAAUCGGGCUAAUGGACUCGACGUCACUUAAAGUGCAAUGUCAAGCGGCCUUAGCACUAAGAAACUUGGCUUCUGACGGUAAACGGGUGAUGAACAUCGAUCUAUUGUUAUGCUGUGUGACCACUAGAUUUUUACAUAUGCCAUCGCGAAUGCAUUUGCUUCUUCAAUCAUCAUUCCUACCUCUGAUUCUCUCUUCCGUCGCCUGCAUUCGUAACAUAUCGAUUCAUCCGCUCAACGAAUCUCCAAUAAUUGACGCGGGAUUCUUAUCGCCGCUGAUUCAACUCUUGGCAUACGAAGAAAAUGAAGAAAUUCAGUGCCACGCUAUUAGCACUCUGAGAAACUUGGCCGCUAGCUCUGAGAGAAACAAGAGAGCAAUCGUGGACGCAGGAGCUGUUGAGAAGGUGCGAGAAUUGGUGUUAAAUGUUCCAUCUAGUGUGCAAAGCGAGAUGACCGCUUGUGUUGCGGUUUUGGCAUUGAGCGAUGAAUUGAAACCACGAUUAUUGAAGCUGGGUAUAUGUCGAGUUUUAAUUCCCUUGACAAAUUCUUCAAGCAUGGAGGUCCAAGGAAAUAGCGCCGCUGCAUUAGGAAAUUUGUCUUCCAAAGUUCAAGAUUACUCGCCGUUUGUUAGCGUCUGGGAUAAUCCUGCUGGUGGUCUGAAUGGGUACUUGCAACGAUUCCUAAGUAGUUCGGAUAAAACAUUUCAGCAUAUUGCUGUCUGGACAAUUGUUCAAUUUCUGGAGGGUAAAGAUCUGCAACUAUUGGAGAAUAUUUCAUCAUCGAAGUCAAUCGUUGCUGCCAUAACUCAACUGGUGGAACACGGGAUCACCACUGAAGCUUGUGACGAAGAAGAAUCGGACGAAGAAGAAAUUGUGGCCUUAGCUCGCAAGACCUUAACCAUAUUGGAGAAUUGUAAAUGA